AUGGCACAACCUGACCUCACUUCGCAUCACGUCAACUACUUAAUAUGGAGAUAUCUCCAAGAAUCAGGCCAUGGCGAUGCCGCUGUGUCUUUGCAGCGCGCGUGGUAUCCUGAUCCUCAGACUCUUCCAUUUGCACCUUACAUCAAGACGCAUGCGCUGGUAUCGCUAGUCCAAAAGGGUCUGCAGUACCACGAGCUCCAAUCCUCACUGGACAAGGAGGGCAAUCACAUCAACAUCUCACCAAAUGACUACUUCUUCGGGCCUGAACCCUUUGAAACUGGGUUUGUGGACAGGCGCGAUGAGGUCGGCACAGACCAAGCUUCCCCCGGCAAAAUUGCGCGCGACCAUCCGAAUGGGCAUGCCGAUCCAGGAAAGCAGGCCCGAGAAGACGAUUCUAUGGAUGAUGAUGCUACUGAAAGCAAACCUAGCAGUCCUAACCUGGAUGGGGAUGGCGAUACCAGUAUGGGGGAGAUUCCCGAAUCCACCUUCACCUUGACAAACGGCGGCAGCGUUGGCGUCCAGAUCUCCCCCGCCAAGGCCGCUGAUUUGACGCCCGACACCGCCUUGCUGGAUGCGGAGGACCACGUGACCCGCGCCCUAUGGAGGCCGAGGGACCCGACUAUGGUGGUGGCCGCUGGUGACACUUUUUGUGAUAUGUGGAAGUUAUCAUCGUCAUCGCCCGUGAAGAAGAAGAUUGUGGAUCACAGGAACAGUAGCACCUGUGUGUCGGCUGUCGGCUGGGAUGCUGUUGGUGAGAAGUUGGCUGUCGCAACAUGUGCGGAGCAACGGGGCACCAUCACCAUGUAUAAUGUCAACGGCGAAGCAGUGGAUCUACUGCCUGAAUUACCUCGAAUGAUCACUGGCUUGCAUUGGGCUGAUUCCAGGUCGCAAUUGGUGGUUGUGGCCUCGGACAACCAUAUCUCGGAACUGGCACUAUGGGACGACAGCCGCCGACCUGACGUUUUCCCUCCGCCUCAACAUAUCGAAAAUCCCAUCUUUGAUCUCGCUUGGUGUGGCCCAACCCAGGUGUUUGCAUCUGGCGAGGGUGCAGUAUACCAAUGCGAAGUGGACACCACCGUCCGCUUGGUCAAGAAAUUUGCAGCCAGCGGGCCCAGUGCGGCUUGGGAAUUCAUUCGUUGUGUUCAGGCAGGCUCUCACUCAGUUGCUAUCACCGCAUCUGCAACUAGCAAUGCGAUUUGGAUCCCUACCCACGAUAUUCUAAUCCCAGAUGCACACCACCAGGCCAUCACCGGAAUCGAGAUUCGCCCUCAACCUCAGGACCAGCGCAUUGUUUUUGCUUCUUUCGCUACAGAUCACAUGGUCAAGGUGUGGCAGAUCGAUCUCGAGUCAAAGGAUUUCUCGUGUCUUCACAAGCUUCGCCUCGGAUCCGCUCCUGCUCUUGCGGGAUGCUUCUCUCCUGAUGGAUACGCUUUCAGUGCAGUCGGCAAAGACUCACUCUUCAUCUGGAAUGUCGAACGUGGAGGCGAGCCAAUGGCUACUUGGACUGCAGCUAGUUCAGAGGUGAAAAAAGAGGAUGGCAUGACCAAUGGACAGAAUGGUCACACAGAGCCGGUUGGAUAUCGGGCUCUUUCAUGGGAUGCGGAUGGCAAGCGACUUGCCUAUGGCCUUGACAAACAGAUGGCACUUGUUAAUUUGCAACGGUGA